AUGGCGCCGCCAAGUACUCUCGGGAAACGCGUCAAAGGCACGCAAAUCACUCGACCUUUUAUCUACGGAAGCACCGCUCGUCCCUUCGGCCCCAACAAUCCCAAGCCGGACGGUAUUCCCGACGACCACACCCACUCGUGGGAGGUAUUCGUCAAAGGAAUUGACGACACUGAUAUAGCCUACUGGUGCAGGCGAGUCCAGUUCAAGCUGCAUGAGUCUAUUCCUAACCACGUUCGGAUGAUUGAAGGCCAACCCGGGAAACCUUUCCUCGUCAAAGAGACAGGAUGGGGUGAAUUCGAGAUUGCCAUCAAGCUAUACUAUGCCACUGAAUCCGGCGAAAAGCCCCAAACCGUCUACCACCAUCUGCGCCUUCACCCCUACGGCCGAACAGAAGAGGAAAAGGAGGAGAUGCGCGGCGGCACCGGCGAGGUCCGAUCCUGGGUCUACGAGGAGCAAGUGUUUAACGAACCCUUCGAGUCCUUCUACCAGGUCCUCACCUCGGGUGCCCGCCCCAAAAGCCACCCCGCCGCCAAGGGCGGCAAGGGCGGCAAGGGGAAGAACAAGCCGAUCCCUCCGCUCCCGUCAAAGCCCGUCAACGAAGUCUGGGAGCGCACCGCCAUGCUCCCCGCGCAGAGCCGCCCCGACCUGCAGUUCAGCCACGAGUUGCAGGACCUCGAGAUCCAAAAACUCAAGCAAGCCCAGGACCAGGCGCAGAGGAUGUGCAAGAAGAUGCUGGAUGGUCUCAAGGAGAAGGAGGCCAUGCUGGCCAAGCUGAAGGCCGAGAAUGCGGCGGCGGCUUCGAAUUCGUAG